AAAUGCUUCAACAAUUUCUAAUCCUACAAUUGCCAACAUAGAAACACAGUGGCAAGCCUUAUCAGAAACUGAUAAAUCCGGCCUUAUAAAGAAACUUGAGGAAUUACAAAAGCAGGACUGGAAUAAGCUUUCUAUUGAUGAUAAAAGAGCAGCCUAUUAUAUUUCGUUUGGACCUCAUGGUCCAAGAGAACCGCUUACUGGACCGGGUCAUACGGGUAAGGUAUUUAUCGGAAUUGGCGGUGUUCUCGCAGCGUCUUUAGCAUUAUUUUAUGUUACCAAAGUAUUAGUCCCUGAACAGCCAAAGACUUUAACUAAAGAAUGGCAAGAAGCUACUAACGAAAAAAUGCGUCGUCAGAAAGCAGAUCCAAUAACUGGUAUAUCAUCCGAAGGAUAUAAAGGAAAAGGUUAUGUUGAAUAG